CUACAACAGCUUGUUCUGAAUGUGCUUGUAAAACCCUAUGACCUGACCUGACCUGACAUAACCAAAAAACGUUCUUGUCCUGAAUACGACAAAAGGUACAUUUUUAAAGUCUUGUUUCUAGUUCUCGAUGAUAAUCAAGAAAUUAAUUCAGUAUCCUGAAUGGAACACAUGUGACAACACUAAAUACAAAAUGUAAAUAUUUAGGAUGAAAAUGCAUUUUUUUUUUUUUAAAUAAAGUUUAUUGACCCUAGUUUCAGUGUGGACUAUAUAUAAAACAUAACUAAUUCACUUACAUGGUGAGAAUGUUUUGGGGUUUUUUUCUUUUUACAAAUGUAUUUCCUACAAACAUCUGUGGUUGACCACCACUUGUAACUUUAUAUAAUAACUGACUUGUACCACGACCCUAUGUGAUGUUGUAUGGCACAAUAAAGAAAUCUGGCUCAUUAAGAGGUGGGGUUUAAAAUUUGUGUGGUUAUAAAGGUUUUAUUUUUGUCAAUAGGAAAACCAAUUAGCAUGAGUAUGUUAUAAAACUAAGUUAUUAAAUACAUUUUGCAAUUACUUCCCUUUAUCAAGGUUUCACAAUUUUAUCUGCUGCCAUUCAGUCGCAAGAUUCUAGCCGACACAGAGACUGGCAGUCACGGUUUAAGUAAUAAUGCUGAGUAGUACACAUAUUUUGACAUGGAAAAACACCUCUAGAUUUGGAUUGUAUUAUUUGCUGUUCCAUUCAAGAACUGUUGAACAUGGAUUCAAGCCAACAAAAGCAGCGGCUAGUGCUUCAACUGAGGAUUUUUCCAACCAGAUAGCAAACUGCAUUGUUGUAAGAUUAGUGGAGGCUUAUCGCAGAUAUGGUCACCUGAAAGCAUUGAUUGAUCCUCUUGGACUAGCUAGAACAAGCGAACCUAUUGAGCUGUCUCCAGCCAGAUACGGUCUUUCCACUAAUGAAAGCAGUACGGUUAACACACAGGGCAUCUUCAGUGGCAGUGAUGAUCAUCAGAUUUCUGUGAAGGAGCUGGUGAAUAAACUAGAACACAUUUACUGUGGACCCAUCUCGGCAGAGUUCGAACAUCUUGAGACAGAAGAAGAAAGAUCAUGGUUUGCGAGAGAGUUUGAAUCCCGACACACUGUCAGUCUACAAGAUGACAGAAAGGUUGCAUUGGCCAAGCUCAUGUUGAGAUGUCAGGCAUUUGAUAAUUUUCUGAUCAACAAGUUUCCCACAGUUAGUCAUUAUGGUGCUGAAGGGGGUGAAAGCAUGAUGGGAGUUCUUGAUGAAGUUUUCAGAGUUUGUGCUGGUGAUGGUGUAUCUGACAUCAUGGUUGGUAUGCCUCAUCGCGGUCGACUAAACUUCCUUACAUGCUUGUUAGACUUUCCACCAAUUAUUAUGUUUCAAAAGAUGCAAGGGAAGACGGAAUUGCCUCCAGGAGCUAAAGGUGGUGGGGAUGUCCUCUCUCACUUGUUUACAUCUGUUGAUCUUAACUACAGUGGAAAGCAAAUACAUGUAUCUCUUAUAGCUAAUCCAUCCCAUCUUGAGGCUUGUAACCCUGUGGUUGUUGGGAAGACUCGAGCCAAACAGCUGUUUUUAAAAGAAGGAGACUACAGCUCAGAGUCUGGCACUCGGCCAGGAGACAAAGCAGUGUGUUUACAGGUGCAUGGUGAUGCUGCAUUCGCUGCACAGGGUGUUAUAGCUGAGAUGCUGUGUUUUGCAGAAGUUCCUCAUUUCCGUAUCGGAGGAUCUAUUCAUCUUAUUGUAAAUAACCAGCUUGGUUUUACCACCGAGUCUCACUAUGGCAGGUCUUCUCGGUACUGUUCUGAUGUGGCCAAAAUGAACUCGUACCCUGUGAUUCAUGUCAAUGCAGAUUAUCCAGAGGAGGUGGUGAAAGCUUCAACUUUGGCAGUAAAAUAUCAGCGAAAGUUCCGGAAGGACGUCUUCAUAGACCUAGUGUGUUUUCGGAAGUGGGGCCACAAUGAACUGGAUGAUCCAUCCUUCACCCAGCCACUCAUGUACCGAGUGAUCAAAUCUAGAAGAAGCAUAUCAGACAUAUACGCAGAUAACAUUGUCUCAGAUGGCCUUUGUUCCAAGUCAAAUCUUGAUCAGGUAGUACAGGAUUGGAGUACAACUUUGUCAAACGAUCUACAAAAGGUUGACACUUACGUUCCACAGGCAAGGCAUCUUCAUAAACAGUGGAGUGGUCUGGUCCAGGCCUCGGAUCACAUCACUCGCUGGGACACUGGUGUGCCUGUCGAUGUGCUCAAGUUUGUAGGAGCCAAGUCAGUGGAGAAACCUGAAGACUGGAAAGUCCAUCCUACUAUUGAGAAAACCCACAUAGAAAGACGUCAACACAGGCUUACACAGGGUACAGAUAUUGACUGGUCCACUGCAGAGGCACUGGCGAUGGGGUCACUGCUUUAUCAAGGCUUCCAUGUGCGGAUCAGUGGUCAAGAUGUGGGAAGAGCCACGUUCAGUCACCGUCAUGCGAUGUUUGUCCACCAGGAGAAUAAUGAAUUUGUCAUUCCUCUCAACCAUAUGACCGAGAACCAAACAGGAUUUAUAGAAAUAGCCAACAGUGUUUUAUCUGAGGAGGCUGUCCUGGGAUUUGAGUAUGGAGUCAGCAUGGAAAAUCCUAAAAUUCUGCCUAUUUGGGAGGCACAGUUUGGAGACUUCUUUAAUGGAGCUCAGAGCAUGAUUGACACCUACAUAACAUCUGGAGAAUGCAAGUGGUUGUUACAGAGUGCUCUCGUAAUGCUGCUACCUCACGGAAUCGACGGGGAAGGACCAGAACAUUCCUCCUGCAGGAUGGAGAGAUUUCUUCAGCUGACUGACAGUAAAGAAGAUGGUGUUGAUGGUGAUGAUGUAAACUAUCAGAUUGCCAACCCAACUACUCCAGCGCAGUACUUUCAUCUCCUACGCAGACAGAUGGUUCGAAACUUCAGAAAACCAUUGGUAAUAGUAGCACCAAAGAUACUUUUACGCUUGCCUGCGGCGACUUCCAGUUUAGUCGAUAUGUCUCUAGGAACAUCAUUUCACCCUGUUCUUGGCGAUAGCAGUGUAAAGCCUGAUGUCGUCACUUCCAUUGCAUUUUGUUCAGGAAAACACUACUACGCCCUAGUCAAAGAGAGGGAGGCGAGAGGAAGAAAAAACAUGGCCAUCAUUCGACUUGAGAGCCUUUGUCCUUUUCCAGUGGAGGAUAUUAGAUCAGAAAUGAAGAAAUAUGCCAAUGCUAAAGAAUUUAUUUGGUGUCAGGAGGAACAUCGUAACAUGGGACCUUGGACAUUUGUUGCACCAAGGUUUGAAAAUGUGGUGGGGUGCAAGUUGAGGUAUGCAGGCCGUGAUGUUCUUGCUACCAGUGCCACAGGGGUUGGAGAAGUCCAUCAGAAAGAAGUGAAAGAAAUUAUGGACAAAGUUUUUAAAUAGACU